AAGUUGUAUAAAUACACGUCCAAAUAUUCCAAGGUUGUUAAAUUAUCAAUACCAAGUCAUGUCUAAAGCAAAAGAUUUUAAAGAAGCUUUCAAGAAGAUGGAUCAGUACAAUAAUGGUGAGAUUUCAUGGGAAGAAUUAAAUUUUCAUGGCAUACGCAACCGCUCUCUUCCUAUGACGAUGUCUCAAGUCGAUAAUAUGUUUGGAGAGCUUGAAACUGAUGGCGAAGACCGAGUUUUCGGAUCAGCUUCUAAACAUCUUGUUAAUCAAGAUCAUUCAUCUCUUCCGGUUAAACAUGAAGAUGUGAUUAAUGAAGAGCUGAAAAAAGAGGUUAGUAUACUUAAACAUGACAAUAAUGCUAAGAAAAUUGAGAAUCAGGUUGAAAUUCCGAAGACACCGGUUGUUGAAGAGAAGAGCUCCAAAGAGUUGGAAGAUUGAGAAUCAGAUUGAGUUUUAUUAGGUUUUAGUAUUUUUGAUUUGGUUUUAAUUUUUUUGUUUUGUGCUUUGGGAUUUUGAUAGAGCUUUAUUUUUUUCCAGAAAUUUAGGGUUUUAUUUUUGUUGCUUCAAUUUAUGUUUUCACAUUGUGAGGUAACAAAAACAUUCCUUACGUUUUA